AUGAAUAUUCUGUUUGCCUUGGUCUUAGUCGUUGGGGCAGAAUACAUUCGUGUUGCAGGAAGCAGGCAGUAUCUGGGGCACAGAAACGGUCGAAUUGUGCUUACAGGGAGAAGUGGGGCAGCCCAUUUCUAUCGAGAACGUGCUGGAUUCAGUGAUGCAUUUUAUACCAGAAUUAAAUUCAUGGCAAAUGGGGCAUGGCAUGUUCUGGGGGGCGGAAGUCGUCUUGGGGCUGUUCACUACCCAGGGGGACAAGAGGACAGGUUUAAGAUCACCCUGAACAGCAAAAACAGCUUCGAACUGAGAAAUAGUCGAGGUGGAUGCGUAUCAGGGGGAAGAAGCAGCGUUGGAAUGGGCAGCUGCUACCGUCCAAUGCGAUUUGUAUUCGAAAACAGGUUCAAAGUCCCAGAUUUGCGCAGAUCAAAGGCAACGAGGAGUGCAAUGGCAGUAUCAGACUGGAUCAAGGAGGAGAUGUUGAGUGGGCACUAUGGGCGCAGAAGUGGGAUGCUGGAGACGUAUGAGCGACGAGUGGGGCGGAUGAGAAGGUAUAGGAGGCCAAUAAUAGCAGAAUACUACGUUGAGAUAAUAUAA